AUGGCGGGGAUACGGUGGCCGCCGGAGGACCCGGAGAUGUUCCCGACGCGGAUGCUCGGGACCGGGGUCUGGGGACCCGCCGGCCCCGCGGGCCCAGCCGGGGGCCCGCCCGGCGAGAUGGCGUCCGACGACGACCGCUCGGUGGCCGCCGACUCGUGGUCCAUCAAGAGCGACUACGGGAGCACCCUCGACGACGAGCAGCGCUACGCCGACACCGCCGAGGUCCUCCUCGCCUCCUCCUGCCCCUCCUCGGGCUCCGCCGCCGCCGCCGCGCCCUCCGCCUGCUCCUCCUCCUCCCUCAGCGCACACCACUCCUCCGACUUCAGCUUCGACAAGGACGUGCCGGAUGUCGUGCCGCCGAUGCUGGGCCUGCAGAAUUACCACGACGGCGCGUACGCGGAAGACCUAGCUAAUUACCAUGAACGCAGCCACGCGGAUGACUGGUUUGGCACCGAGGUCAUGGAUGUCCUUGUAGACUGGACCAAAAACUUGUGUUCCAGCAAAGAUUUGCCCGGCUGCAGCGUGCUUGACAUAGGGUCCGGAAGCGGGCGACUCUUGCAGCAACUCGCAAAACAAGGGUUUUCUGAUCUAACUGGCAUUGACUACAGUGAAGCCGCUAUUGAGCUUGCUCGAAAUCUUGCAAUUCGUGAUGGAUUUGAGCACAUUAAUUUCUUGGUUGAUGAUGUUCUGGAGUCAAAGUUGGAGAGAAGGUUUGAACUUGUGAUGGAUGAAGGAACUCUGGAUGCAAUUGGGCUCCAUCCGGAUGGACCUGUAAAGAGAAUGAUGUAUUGGCAGUCAGUGGCUAGCUUGGUUUCUCCUGGUGGUGUACUGGUCAUCACAUCGUGCAGCAGAACAAAGGAUGAGUUAGUGCAGGAGGUGGAGAACUUCAACCAGAGAAAGCUGGGCGCUACGGUCCCUGAAGGAGCGUUGGCCAGUGAUGCUGUGGUGUUCAAGUACCUCGACCAUGUUCGAGCUUAUCCAAACGCGGAUAGCAUCGCCACCGUUGCUUUCCUGCAUACAUGAAAUAUAUGUGUAUCCUUUCCCUAACUUAUCAGACCUGUGAGUAACAAUGUACCCCAGGGCAGCUGUUCUUCUACGGGUGUUAAUUUACCUUGUCGAAUACGUUUGUCGGACACGUUAUUCACUACUAUGUUGCCUUGUUAUAGCUGGAUAUCUUGUUGAUGUAAUCUUUGAAAGCUUAUCAAGUAAAUUUCACAACCA